AUGGAUUCUCUGUACAUCGCUAUAGAGCUAGUGAUCGCCGUACUGUCAAUCGCUGGUAAUGUACUGGUGUGCUGGGCUGUGGCCAUCAACUCCACUCUCAAGAACGCCACCAAUUACUUUCUGGUGUCACUAGCCGUGGCAGAUAUUCUGGUUGGCUGUCUUGCCAUCCCUUUUGCCAUCACUAUAAGCAUUGGUCUGCGCUCAGACUUUUAUGGAUGUCUUUUCCUGGCGUGUUUUGUUCUGGUACUGACUCAAAGUUCAAUAUUUAGUCUUCUUGCGGUUGCCAUCGACAGAUAUCUGGCUGUAAAAAUCCCCCUGAGAGCAACACCCCUGAUUGUGGAAAGAACAGACCCUCUGUCUGCUCUGGCGCGGGAGUAUGGUGGAUCUAAGAGGAACGCUCUACUGAAGUGGUGCCAGAAGAAAACAGAGGGCUAUCCGAAUAUAGAUGUGACAAACUUCAGCAGCAGCUGGAGUGAUGGCCUGGCAUUCUGUGCUCUGUUACACACCUAUCUACCUGCACAUAUCCCUUACCAGGAGCUCAUCAGCCAAGACAAGGGACGAAAUCUCACUCUGGCAUUCCAAGCAGCUGAAAGCAUUGGUAUCAAGACCUCUCUGGACAUUGAUGAGCUGAUGCACACAGACAGACCGGACUGGCAAAGUGUAAUGCAGUAUGUGGCUCAGAUCUAUAAGUACUUUGAGACUUAAUGUGUAAUUGGAAGAAAUGAAGAAGAAAGAAAAAGAAGAAGAGGCACAGAAGCACUUUUUUUUUUUUGGCCUGGUCCAGUUCUUCCUUCACAGCCAGUGAUUCUAAUUAAAAACAGACAGACACAGUUCUGUAGUGUU